GAGGGAGAGACAGAGACGAGAGGGGGGAACCUGAGAGUAGCCACUGACGGGUUGAGAUAAGUUUUUCCUCUUCUUUCGGCUAUCCUCACGCCAAUAAGUGUGUUUACAGAACAACCCCUAGUCUUGCAGACAAGGCAUUUGGGUCCGUUAAUCAAGAAACCAGAAGCCUCGUUUGAGAUUAGCUGGGGCUAUUUGCUGAUCCAAGGAAUCGGGGGCUACAAGCGAGGAGUUUCAACACUUUAAAGCAUUGUGCUGGAAGCUGCCGCUCCUCCGUUGAGGAGCAUACCCCCCUUUUUUCUCUCAAGGGGUGCAGUUUACCAGUCCACGGCUUCGUGACGUUUUGAUAUUUGUUUUUGUGCAUCACGCUGGAGCAGAUGGCUAUUCGCGGAUUUACAUGACCUACGAUAUCACCUAAAGGCGGACAGUCGUCGCGGUUUUCCUGUACGCGUGCUCACGAGAGGAUCUAGGAAUGUAUCCACUUUGCCAUUCUCUCUUCAUCAAGGGCGAACUUCUGGUGAUACAACGGAGAGGGAGAAGACUCGGCAGUGCAUGAAACACAGCGACCUGUGGAAUAAUAAAGCCAGUUCGGCAAACCAUUUUGAGUCGUUAUCGCCACCCAACAAGGCAGCCUUGAUGUGAAUGUAGAAUAUGCUUUGAGAUUGAUCAAUUAGAUCAACACAUUACACCCUUGGGCAAGAAGAUCGAUUACUAUUUAUGACAGUCGAAUUUUAUUCCUGCUGGAAUUUUCAGACUGGUACCACAUCCUCUGGGGUAUGAGCAGUACCCCUGGUGUACCUCCUCACUAUCAGCGUGGGAUUGCUUACCUAAUACGAGGGUAUUUGGAAACUCCGACAGAUGUGGAAUAUGCCAAAUGAUUAUUCACAAUGAAGAUUUUUGUUUGCAUAUUUUUGAUGAGAACCCAAGACCACGUCAUAUAAUAUUUAAUUCAUUGCAGAGGGAUCAGAACAAAGUUGACCCUGUGCCGUCUGGAUUAUAAACCACGUUGGACCCCUGGUCCAGGGGGAACGCUAAAGUUUUGAGCUAUUUCCCCCCCCCCCCCCCAGACUGAUCCCCCCCUGUUUUUGAACUAAAGGGCUAUUUGCUCAUUAGCCUAAUAUAGGCUAUCUCGCAAUAACUUGAGAUAAGAGUGGGAAAAAAGUACAUUUGCACCAUGCGUCUGCGAAUACAAACGGUCAUUUUGGUAACUUUCGUCCUCCUUUUGAGCAACUAUGGGUCGACACAUGGAGAGAUCUGCCCCAGUAUCGACAUCCGGAACGACACGCGCAACCUGAAGGUCCUGGAGAACUGCACGGUGAUCGAGGGCCACCUGAAGAUCCUGCUGAUGUUUAAGACCAAGGCGGAGAACUUCCGGGGCCUGAGCUUCCCACGCCUGACCGUCAUCACCGACUUCCUGCUGCUGUUCCGCGUCUACGGUCUGGAGAGCCUGAGCGACCUCUUCCCCAACCUGACGGUGAUCCGCGGCAACACGCUCUUCUUCAACUACGCCUUUGUGAUGUUCGAGAUGCUGCAGAUGAAGGAGAUUGGCCUGCACAGCCUGAUGAACAUCACGCGCGGCGCCGUGCGGCUGGAGAAGAACUCGGACCUGUGCUACCUGACCACGCUGGACUGGUCCAAGGUGCUGGACUCGGUGGAGGACAACUUCAUCAUGGCCAACAAGGACCCGCGCGAGUGCGGCGACGUCUGCCCCGGCUCCCCCAAGGGGAAAGGCCAGUGCCCACAGACCACCAUCAACGGCAUGUUCGCAGAGCGCUGCUGGAACCAGGAGUACUGCCAGAGAAUGUGCCCUCCCGCCUGCAAGAACCUGGCCUGCACCCUGGACAACCCUGGACAGUGCUGCCACGAGCAGUGCCUGGGCGGCUGCUCACAGCCGGGCAACGCCAGCGCCUGCGUGGCCUGCCGCCAUCUGAUGCACGAGGGCACGUGCGUGGAGCGCUGCCCGCCGGGACAGUACACCUUCAAGGACUGGCGCUGCGUCUCCUUUCGCCACUGCCAGGACCUGCACAACGCCUGCCGGCAGCGCAAGGAGAAGGACAAGAGCGUCAGGUGCCACGAGUACGUGGUGCACAACGGGGCCUGCAUCCCAGAGUGCCCGUCCGGAUACACCACCAUGAACUCCGCUGCGCUGACCUGUACGCCCUGCGCCGGCCUGUGUCCCAAGCUGUGUGUGGGGAACAAGUCCGUGGAGUCGGUCACCACUCUCCAGGAGCUGCGAGGCUGCACCGUCCUCAACGGGAGUCUCACCAUCAAGAUACGUGGAGGCAACAACAUAGCAGCGGAGCUGGAGGACAGUCUGGGUCAGUUGGAGGAGAUCACGGGCUACCUGGCCCUGCGUAGAGCCUACGCCCUGGUCACACUCUCCUUCCUCCGCAAGCUGCGCCUAAUCCGUGGGGAAACCCUGGAGGCCGGGAACUACUCCUUCUUUGCCUUCGACAACCAGAACCUGGUGCAGCUGUGGGACUGGUCCAAGCACAACCUGACCAUCCUGAACGGGCCCAUGUUCUUCCACUACAAUUCCAAGCUGUGCAUGGACGAGAUCCGUCAGAUGGAGGCGGUGACGGGCACCAAGGACCGCAAGAACCAGAUCACCAGCCGCACCAAUGGAGACCAGGCCUCCUGCCAAAAUGAGCCCCUCCAGUUCACCCAGGUCAAGGUGUGGCAUGACAAGAUCAUAUUGAAGUGGGAGGCGUACUGGCCCAAGGACUACAGAGACCUGCUGGGCUUCAUGGUCCUCUACAAGGAGGCGCUGUACAAGAACGUGACUGAGUUCGACGGGCAGGACGCCUGUGGCUCUAGCAGCUGGCAGAUCAUCGACAAGGAGCCCCCGGAGCGCUCUCCGUCCGUCACGGAGGUGGGUCAGCUCAUCACGCAACUCAAGCCCUGGACGCAGUACGCCAUCAUGGUCAAGACGCAGCUGUCGGCCUCCGACGACCAGGAGGUGCGCGGCGCCAAGAGCCCCAUCAUCUACGUGCGCACCAACGCCACCCGUCCAUCCGUGCCUCUAGACCCCAUAUCCUCCUCCAACUCCUCGUCUCAGAUCAUCUUGAAGUGGAAGCCUCCCACGGAGCCCAACGGCAACAUCACCCACUACCUGGUCUACUGCCACAAGCAGAAGGAGGACGCCGACCUCUACACCUUUGACUACUGUCUCAAACCCGGCAAGUUGCCGACGCGCACGCCGGCCCAGAUGGACAUUGAGGACCAGCAGAAGAAGAACCAGACGGAGGAGCCGGGCCAGAAGGGCCCCUGUUGCAUGUGCCCCAAGACAGAGGCGCAGCUCAAGAAGGAGGCGGAGGAGGCGCAGUACCGCAAGACCUUCGAGGACUACCUCAUCAACGUCGUCUUCGAGAUCGGGCCAUCAAACAGACGUCGUCGGCGCUCUAUACCGGUAGGUGUGGCCAACGCCACCCUCCCAAACUUCCUGACCACCACGCCCCCCAGCAGCAGCAACAACGACAACAACAACGCACUCCUGCCCGAGGACGUGGACAUGGUGGCGGGUCUUGGCCUCGGACCUGGACCUGGACCUGGCCCCCUGCAGCCGGGGGGAGACCCAGAGGACAGGGAGCCCGGCCAGCGACUGGUGCUGACCGUCUCGGGCAAGGAGAUGGCCGUCGUCUCCAACCUGCAGCACUUCACCAGCUACCAGAUCGAGAUCCACGCCUGCAACCACCCCGAGGACAGCAAGCGAUGUAGCAUGGCCACUUUUGUCAAUGCACGCACACUACCAGAGCCCAAGGCAGAUGACAUCGCGGGCAAGGUGACCCAUGAGAUUCUGCAGGAGGAGCCGGAGUUUGUCUACGUCAGAUGGGAGGAGCCAAAAGCCCCCAACGCCCUCAUCAUCCUCUACGACGUUAACUACAAGAGGAUCUCCGACACCGAUGAGCUGACUCACUGUGUGUCGAGGAUGAACUACGAGCAGAUGAAGGGCUGCAAGAUCCGCGUGGGCCACCCGGGAAACUACAGCGUCCGCAUCCGCGCCACCUCCCUGGCAGGCAAUGGCUCCUGGACCGAGCCCACCUACUUCUACGUGCCAGACAAAGAGCCGGACAUGCGAGCCAUCGUGGCCCCCGUCAUCUGCCUCAUCCUCCUCCUCUUCAUCGCAGGCGGCGUCUUCGUCAUGGUCAAGAAGAAGCAAAUUGAAGGCCCCAGCGGUCCGCUCAUCGCCUCUUCCAACCCUGAGUACAUUAGUGCCAACGAUGUCUACGUUCCGGACGACUGGGAGGUCCCGCGGGAGAAGAUCACGGUGAUGCGCGAGCUGGGACAGGGUUCCUUCGGCAUGGUCUACGAGGGCAUCGCCAAGGACAUCGUCAAGGGCGAGCCGGACACCCGCGUGGCUGUCAAGACUGUCAACGAGUCGGCCAGCCUCCGUGAGAGGAUCGAGUUCCUCAACGAGGCCUCCGUCAUGAAGGCCUUCAGCUGCCACCACGUGGUGCGUCUGCUGGGCGUGGUAUCCAAGGGGCAGCCCUCACUGGUCGUCAUGGAGCUGAUGACUCACGGUGAUCUGAAGAGCUACCUGCGCUCACUCAGGCCAGAUGCUGAGAACAAUCCGGGUCGGCCACCACCCACCCUGAAGGAGGUGAUCCAAAUGGCAGGCGAGAUCGCUGACGGCAUGGCCUACCUCAACGCCAAGAAGUUUGUGCACAGAGACUUGGCAGCCAGAAACUGCAUGGUGGCCGAGGACUACACAGUGAAAAUUGGAGACUUCGGCAUGACCAGAGAUAUCUAUGAGACGGAUUAUUACCGCAAAGGUGGGAAGGGUCUGCUGCCUGUCAGGUGGAUGGCCCCGGAGUCCCUGAAAGACGGCGUCUUCACCGCCCGGUCCGACUGCUGGUCUUUCGGGGUGGUGUUAUGGGAGGUCAGCACGCUGGCCGAGCAGCCCUAUCAAGGGCUCUCCAACGAACAGGUGCUCAAGUUCGUCAUGGACGGCGGAUACCUAGACCGGCCAGACAACUGCCCAGAGAGAAUACACAACCUGAUGCAGAUGUGCUGGCAGUACAACCCGCAGAUGCGGCCCGCCUUCAGCGAGAUCAUCGAGAUGAUCCGGGAGGACCUGCACCCCUCCUUCCAGGAGGUCUCCUUCUUCUACAGCGAGGAGAACAAGGCGCCGGAGACCGAGGACUUCGACAUGGACUUUGAGAACAUGGAGAGCAUCCCGCUGGACCCCUCGUCCUACUCGCAACGCGAGGACAGCCUGGGCAUGGGCAGAGACAAUGGGCCCUCGGUGCCGCUGCGGGGGGGCAGCUACGACGAGCACGUGCCCUACACACACAUGAACGGGGGCAAGAAAAAUGGACGAAUCCUUUCGCUGCCCAGAUCCAGCCCCUCCUAACGUUUUCUAUUUGACACUUUUUUUGUGUGUCUUAGUUCGCUCUCACUCUCUCUCUCUCUCUCUCUCCCCGUCUCCUCUGUCCGUCACUGUCUUUCUCUGUUUCCCCCCCUCUCUUUUCUUCCUGCCCGACCGAAUGAUUAUUUUUUAUGAUUUAGAGUACUUUAUGCAGAUGCCCUUCAAAACAAAAACACAGAUCUCAGGACUUUUCUUUUUCUUCCUUUUUGCCCUGGCUCAUCGCACUCGCAUGUCUGAUGGCAAGGAUACACAAGCCUUCAACCAUUCAUGUGAAUCACCCGACCGCGACCCCCCUCAGCGCUUAAUUCAUGUCGUCUCACUCUUUUUUGCCAAGCCAAGUUUCCAAGACUGGUCAGUUGGUGGGGAGGGACGUUAAGACGGACAAAAAAAACAAGCGAACUGUGAACACAGACACUACACAAAGCAAGAUGACUGCCUCCUAAUGGAACCCUCCCCAUCUGUAUCCACCAUUCACUUUCUUUACUAAAAAAAAAAAAUCUUUUCAUAUUGUGGCCUUUUUUAUACGUGGCCUGUAAAAGCAAAGAGAAGCGUCUGUCAUUGCUCGUUCUUCAUUUCCUUUGAACAAUUCAUUGAAGAGUUUGGAAUCUGUGGGAUGGAAUAGACUCUUAGAGAACAAACAUCCUAUUUGUAGAGAGAAAGUAAAUGUUUUAUCUCCUGCAGAAUUUCAAGCCUUUGUGUAGAAAUAUGCGGUAUUUGUUGGUGAAAAGAAAUAAUUAAUUUAUUUGCUUUAUAUUUUUGUUUCUUCUUUCAUUUUUUGUUUUUGUUUUUGUGUCCUUGCAUUAUGGCUGAAGGAUAUUUAAAACAGUUAAGAAUUUGACAAAAUAGUCCAUCAAACUGACCAAUAGUCGCUGCUUUGAUAUAUCAUAUAGUGGGGUAUAGUGUAAAGAGAUAUUAUAUAUGUGAUGUAUAGAAUACUGUCAUCAGUGUUCUAUAUAUCUAGAAGAUACACCUUGUCCAUUUUUAUUUUCUAUAUUGUUAAUUUUUAUAUGAUACUUUCAUGGGAAGCUUUGCUCUUAAGAUUGUUUUGUUUGUUUGUUUGUUUUUCAAUCACUUGUUUGUUAUUUUUAUGAACACGAGUCUAACGCCCCUUCCAAAUGUCUGACUAAUUCACCCAUAGUGCUGUAAGCUGCCCAGUAGGGCUGCUUUUGGCGAUUGUGAGUGCACUGGAGAAGUUUGGCUAUGUUUCUUUUUUUCCCCUCAAAUUUAAAAUGACUAUCCUUUCCUAGACUACCAUAAGUGCAACCAACUGUCAUCAUUAUUAUUACAAUUUGACUGGUAGCUGCACCUUCGUUGCUAAUGAUAUUGAGGUCCACAUAAAAAUCACACUUUAUUCUUUCAAGUAUGCCGUACUGUCAGAUGUUAGAUAAUUUUUCCUUCUGUCCCUAGACCACGUUCAAUUUAUUCUUAUUCGUAUGUUGUUUAAACAUCUAAGAGUGGUGAGCUGUUAAAUGUAACCAUAAUUCAGAGGAGGGAUAAUUGACUUUGAGAGUUUGUUGAUUUGCCUCAAUGAUUUGAUUUGAUGUCUUUGUCUAGAUUAUGUAGCGACUAUGAAGUGUGUAGUACACAUCUGCUCUCCAUUUUGUAAUGGAUGACCCUGCCCUUGACCCUGCAGGAUCUGUGAACGUUUUAGGGGUUGUACUGUGUUGUGUUGUCUCCUGUUGGAGCGAUGAUUGAGACCAUCUCCGUAUAGUUAUAGCCAGGUGGAUUAUCCACCCAGGUCGAUGGGGGAGAGUUGACUCUCGUACUUCUCCUUGCUGUGAAAAAGCCUCCGGUGUUUGGUACUGUUGGCAUGGAGGUCAUGUGGUGAAGAAUGUUCCACAUGCUUCAUCUACUACACUGUAGACAUGUGAAGGUUCCUCAAAAGUAGCCUGAUUAUCAUCGACUUUCAAAUCUCUUUGAGACUUGGUCUGACCAAGAGCACAACAAUUAGCUUUUCUCAAACGGCAUGGUUGACCCACCUCCCUUGGUUUGCUAUUGGCUGUUUACUUCACAAGAAAGUGAGAGAAGUUUUUCCCAAAUUUUCCCGGAACUCAGAAACAAUAUUUGUAUUGCUCCUGGCCUGACUAGAAGCAACGCUAAAGGCGUGGUGUUUCCUUGGGGAACUUAACAUGUUUACACUGUAUCUCUGCAUUGGGAGCAUUGAGUGGUGUGCUGCUUUGGUUGUGUUGGUGUAUGGGAGAUAGUUGGGCCCUUGCCGUUACAUUGCGGCUGAAGGCCAAGGGUUGGUUGAGCUCGCUCUCCUUGAGGUGUUGUCUUUUCCUACGAUGUUGUGUUUCAUCCCAUUGUCACUGACUCUCUUUUUCCCACCCAGAGGCAAUAUGGAGCACAAACCCCAAAUACUCUCUGGCGCCUAAGUUGAAUUUACAGUAGUUCUACAAUCCGAGGGUCCUCACCUCCAGGGCCUUCAAAUUGAUUCAGCAUGCAAAUUGGUAGUUUUCCAUUACAUCAUGCUGUGGCUGAAAUAUGCCAGAUUACUGAUUCAUUGUCUCUGGAUGUUUUGGUGAGCGCUUCAACAAUGUUAAUGCUCAUGUCAGGAGAUCGUUGUUGUUUAGAUUGGGCUCUGUCAAUGGACUGAAAGAGGAGAGGAGAGGCAUUGGAGUGUGAUGGCGUAACGGAGGCCAGCUAGCAGAGUGUGGCGUGGAACGUUAGUAAACCUCCCUCCCGAAGCCUCGUAGUUGAUGAGGUGGCAGGUUCACGGUCCCGAGGGGGAUGAACUCUGCAGGAACACCUCGGUCACAAUGGCAGAAUCCCCCCCCUCAACUCACCACACCCAGCUUCCAUAAGAGGAAGGUCCUCCAGCCAGUCCAACCAACAUCCAGCUCUUCACCUCAAACGAAUAGUCUCAAAACAACAUUCCGGCUUUUAUUGUGGCACACAGCUUUUCUGGCAGCCAACACCUUCAACAUAAAUAUCUGUGUGGACAAGUAAUCACACGGAAGCUCAAUGCUUCCAUCAUUUCUCCCUGACCGUGGCUAUAUGCAUCUGCCUUUGAGGCAUCUAAGCUGGGCUGUGGAGUCUGGGCGAAAUAUCUCCAAAUCUACAAAGAAUGGACCUGAAUAGCAGUGGCCUCUAUGCAGUUGACAGUCUUUUGGUAAUUGGCUGUCUUUCAAUCUUAUCAUGUCAUUACUUUACUUUCUUGUGUGGGUGGAUUUCCCCCCCCUCUCUCUCUCUCUCUCUCUCUCUCUCUCUCUCUCUCUCUCUCUCUCUCUUCUCUCUCUCUCUCUUGACAGUUCAUGCCUCGGCCUCCAAAUUGUGCCUUCUGUUUGAGCCCAAGGUUGUGGCACCGAGACAGGGGCGGCAGGACUGGAUACCCAAGAAGUUUUUUGUUGUUGUUGUUUUUCGAAACUUGGGCAGAAAUCCACGUCCACGCACACUCAGCUUUGUGUAUAUAUGUGUUUGUGCGUGUAUAUAUUUAUGUGCGUAGAGCGGGGCUAGCUAGCGACAGGCCAGAGCCGGCGUCCAAUCUGCAAACUGGAGCUGUUUGUACGUGUACGCAUGUGUAGAUGGGAAGAGGACUUUGCUGCUGUUUUGACCAGCACACUCAAGUUAUUUUACGUUUUAUCUUCUCUUCAGGAUCUAAAUCUUUCACCAGACUUCAGUGCUUUAUAAUGUCAUCAUUCACAUUAGCAUAUUUUUUUUGUUUGUUCUCCAUUGGCUAUUUUCCAGGUUUGUAAAUAAUAAAUGAGAUGUUUUUAAGUUAAAGGAAAAAAAGCUUAACAGUUAUACACCUAUACAAUUUCUCAUAAACGGCCAUGACGAAGCGCAUCUUUAAUUUUAAGGCAGUCAUGGCCAUAAACUUUAGGUAUAUGUGCAAAUUUCUAAUUCAGAAGAUUAGCAUAUCUUUGAAAAGGCAGAUGAUAUUUUAUUUAUUUUAUUAUAAUCAUUGUAUAAGCCCUGCUAGCUUUUUAUUAAGAAUUAUUCAGUGUCAGGAAAAAAAGAAUAGUGUUUUCUUUCUCGUUUAGUUUUUUUUUCCAUUGAUUGAAAAGAGAGUUACAGCUAGAGAGGGGGAGAGUGUGUUUGGUGUUGUGGUAAAACUCUUUUGUUGUUCGUUUGUUUGUUGUUGUUGUUGUUUCGAUUGGACGCAGUCUACCUCAAUAUGUAUGAAUUUUAGUCAAGCCUUGCUUCUUUUGCUCUCUCUCUCUUUCUCUCUAGCACUCUCUUGUUUCAUAAAGACACACACAUACACAUACACACUUUAGAUUUUUUCCUCCUUUUCUUCUAUUUUCCUUUCAGCUUUGUGCAGGGAACUCAUUUGGGGAGACCUCAGUCUACCUGUGCUGGGGUGCAUUUCUCGGAACCAUAGUUGCUAACCAUGUUAGCUACUUUGUUGUUUCCAAUGCAAUUUCCCAUUGGCAACUACAAAAGUUGCUAGCUGGCUAACAACUACGCUUUCGAGAUAUGCACCCCUGGCCACCCUAAAGAGUGUCGAUUGCUGAUUAUUUGCGAAACCAAUUCAGACAUUGAUGAUGCACAUCUCCCAAGAGCUCUGCAAUCUUACAUUUGAACUAUUUUGUAUUAGUAGUACAUGUGAAGCAAAGUUUGCUUUUUCCAAAAAUGCAACAUUCACUAAAAUUGAUGACUAUCCAAGUACAUCGCUAAAACGUUAAAAAAAAAGUAUUAGAAAGCACAAUAUAAUUUGUAAAAAAAACUGUUUUACUUGGUCAGAAUAAUCAAAUUAGUGUAACUGUGCCAUUGGAUCGCUGUUAUACUGUACACCAGCACUUAUGUAUUCUAAUUGUGUGGCAGUCCAGACAUUUUGAAUCCUGGACCCUGGGCAAAACCUGGGAUGCAUAUCCAGUUAAUGUUAGCACUUCAAUCAACUGCACCAAGCUGUAGACAAAAAAUUGUCCAAUCGCAUCAGUCAUUUCUAAAAAAAAAUCACUACAACAGUUUGGCCAUAAUUAUCUACUGUAUGUGUGUACCAGAUGGGGAUGAUCAUGUAAAUGCCAGUCAAUGCCAUGUUGACAUCGUCCCCUUUUGUUGGCCAGUGGUCACUACAAAGAUCAACCAAAAUCUGAACUUGCUCCUCUAAGAGUUGGCAGGAGAUGGCGCGUUGUGCAUGGCCACACACACACACACACACACACACACACACACACACACACACACACACACACACACACACACACACACACACACACACACUACAAUUCUAGAACCAAAUAAAGCCUUGCGCUAUGGGAGAUGCGAAUUUUCUGGCACAGUUCUGUCACCACAGAGCUUGAAUCUUUAAGAGGGCUAAUCUAUAUCCUUGACUUUUGUUGAGAAAAGAAAUGAAAUUUGGACCCAAUGCCUUCUGGUUUAUGAUAUGAAUGUGAUUUCUUGUUUCGUCUAUGUUUUGUGUUGUGCUGUUUUUUUAUUUUUAUUUUAUUUUUUGUUUGUUUUCUUUUUUGUAGUUGACAUUUUGACUUCUUGUUAAUGUACUUUUUCUACUGUGAAUUACUCAAGAACCAUCAUACAACAAUGCCAUAGUCUUGGGGGUUGGGGGACAACAUUUUUUAUCUGAUGUGAUCUGAUCUGAUCUUUGCGGAGAUCUGCUUUGGAACAAAUCCAUGUGCCAUAAAAUGUCAAACUUUUUCAUGAGGAAAAAAAAACAAUGAGCAUGGUGUGUUAACUGUGCUCAGGGGGAGGUCUGAUGUAAGUUUGAAAAAAAGAAACAAAAAAACAGGAUGAUCUUCCCCAAAAAAAUGCUAAAACAAACAGUCCAUGCCCUAAAUGGUGGGUGGUGAAAGGUGGUGCUGAAGCCAUUGAGGGCAAAUGGGGGAAAAAAUGUUUCUCAUGAACAUGACUGGUCAUGUACUCCCCUCUGGUGGACAAGAAUAGAAGUGCAGCAGAGUGAAGUCAGUCUCCCACCCAUAGUGCCUUGUGCAGACCUCUCAAGCGUCCUACCAACAAGAUCCCCCACCGUCACCCCUUCUGCUUUAACACUGAUUGUUUGCAAAGUAACUCAUGAGCAUGGGCCGACCCCCUUUACUGGAGUAAAAUUGUGCGUCUUUCAAAGACGAGGCGAGAGAUUUCAUAACACGAUAGCUGUAGAUAAAAUGCAAACAUGAAAUACACACACACAAAUGAAAAAAAAAAUGUAUCACAUCUUUCUGCUUGGCUCCAUAUUACUGUAUUGGCAUCUGUGAAUGAUGAUUUGAUUUUUUUUUUUGUUUUUGUUUUGUUUUAAGCAAGAAACUUGUCUCUACUUGGCUAAGCUCUGGUUUGCGUUGUGCUUUGAAGCCCUCCAGCAGGGUAACAUGGCAUUAUAUAAUUGAACAUUGAUUGCAUGGCACUUUGGUAAUUGUACAUUUGUCCCCAAUGCACACACUGCAGAAGGCUUAAACGGGUGUUUAAAACGAGAGCAAGGCAAUUCUUGUAAUCUUUUCUUUCUUUCUUUCCUUUCCUUUGUUUUGUUUUUUACAAAUGAACAGCCAAAUACUGUAUACUGCAACAGUGAUAGCCCCUGAAAACAUAGCACUUAAUUUUGGCAAAUUUUAAUCAGUUGGAGAAGGAAGAAUUGUUGUGGUUUUGGCAGAGCAAGCUGGCAAUGCUAUACAAGUGUGAGAACAAGGUCAUGUAAAAUUAUCUGUUAAAAGAAAAAAAAAGUAUUACACUUAGAUAUUUCUUUUUUUGUUUGUGUUAGCCAAAAUAGGGAGGGCAAAUACAAUUACCUUUUUCUGACUGUAAACUUUUACUAUUCUUGUACAUUAUGGAAUUAACAUUGUUAUUAUCAAUGUAUAUAACUUUUUUAAUAAAAUGAAAUGUUUGAUGGCUAUCGCUCAUGACACUA